CCGUCAGUUGGCCGCCGCGCGUCGGCGGUGUCACGUCUUGUUGUGUGUUGUGUCUAAAUUAUUGUCGUUACCUCCAUCGAUUUAUUACCUUAAUCGAUCUAUUUCGAAGGAUUCGUCGCAUAUAUUGACCUUAAACGUCAUUAAGAAUUAUUAGAUACUUAUCUAUUUUCGAAGGAAUAUCCAAAGAACUUGAAGUUAAAAAAUCGAACAAAAAGGGAAAGUGUCAAAGGCGAGCUGCUGUUCUGUCGACGGAUACGAGAACGGUGUAUAUGUGUGUUAUAUGUGUUACUAAUGUGUGUAUUGCGUGUUUGUCGGCGGAACGAGUUCAUUUCUUCGACCAAGGGCUUCCCGUUUCAGUGACGUUUUCAAAGAAGCUUUGAAAAAGAAUAAAGAAAAGGAAUAAAAGAAGACCUCUCUCUUAUCUCGUGAAUAAAUCUCGAGAUUAAAAAAAGAAAAAAUAUAGAAUGUUAUUGGUAAUUGACAUUGAUGAUCAUUUAACGUCCGAUGGAUUUUCAGUGAUAUAAGAAUAUACACAAAUAUACAUAAUAUAUUUCGAGACAUUUUUUGUGUCGUUAAAAAUUCGAAUACGCGCUGCUGUAUCGACAAAGAAGAAAGGUGUGGCGCGAAACCUGUACAUUCUUACGAUAGAAGAAACUAUCUCUCUAGUUCUCUCUUUAUCUCUAUCUCUAUCUCUAUCUCUAUCUCUUUUUUUUCUUCCUCUUGGACUUUGUCAUCUUCUUUACCUUCUUCAAUUUAGUUUUGUUUUUUAUGUAUCUCUGAGGACAUACAAGACACUUACGAACAUUAGAACAACGUAGACACCAUCGAGAAGAAUAUAACGAGAGCUUCCUUCUACGGAGAAUAUAUAUUUUUUUUGAAGAUGUACGGGUGAUAAACGAUCUCUUCUUCGUCAAAAUGUUGAUCAAGGAAUAUCGAAUUCCUCUGCCACUUACGGUAGAGGAAUAUCAAAUUGCUCAACUUUACAUGAUAGCGAAAAAAUCACGUGAAGAAAGCAAAGGUACCGGAAGUGGCGUGGAAAUAAUAGUUAACGAACCAUAUACCAAUGGGCCCGGUGGAAAUGGUCAAUAUACGCAUAAAAUUUAUCACGUUGGUAGCCAUUUGCCAGGAUGGUUCAAAAGUUUAUUACCUAAAUCGGCAUUGAUAGCAAAGGAGGAGGCAUGGAACGCAUAUCCGUAUACAAAAACACGAUACACGAGUCCAUUCGUCGAAAAGUUUUCCAUAGAAAUAGAAACUUAUUAUUUUCCUGAUAAUGGCUAUCAAGAAAAUGUCUUCAAAUUGAACGGUGCAGAUCUAAGAAACAGAGUCAUAGAUUUGAUCGACAUCGUAAAAGAUCAAAUCGAUUAUGUCAAAGAAGAAGAUCCUAAAUUAUAUAUUUCUGAAAAAACGGGUAGAGGUCCACUGACGGAUACUUGGUUGGAAGAUUAUUGGACUGAAAUCAAAGGGAAACAACAACCAACGUCAUCAGGGAAAUCGUUAAUGUGCGCUUAUAAAUUAUGCCGGGUAGAAUUCCGCUAUUGGGGUAUGCAAACAAAGUUAGAAAAGUUCAUCCACGAUAUGGCAUUGAGAAAAGUGAUGGCACGAGCACACAGACAAGCCUGGGCCUGGCAAGAUGAAUGGUUUGGUUUGACAAUGGAAGAUAUCAGAGAAAUCGAACGGCAAACUCAGUUAGCACUUCAACAAAAGAUGGGUCUUGCUGAGUCCGGUGAAGAAGUAACUGGUGACGAUGAUCAGGACACGAAUACAGGAAAUACUGGAAUGACUCCUCAAGAAUCGAACGUCGCUAGGACACUCGCAGCUACUUUGAGUAGUAUCGAGAAAAACGAGGACCUUCAGAGUCCACUUAGUGUCAGGAAACCUUCAGAUAUACCGAUUAUCAAUACAGCUGUUAGUUCAGAAGGUGAAAUUAGUCCUGAGGAUUCUCCAACAGAACCACCUAAUGCUAGUCCGAUCGAUGAAAAGAACGAAAAGAAAUCGUGGAAAAAGAAUGCAGCAAGUCAUUCACCUAGUUCAGCAAAAAGUAUGGAUAUUCAAAUCGCGAAUUGGAGAAUGGAAAGUAUCGUUAGAGAAUCCGAGACGAGUAGCGAAGAGGAAUUCUUUGAUUGUCAGGAGCACUUUGAAGAUAACUCUUCAUUAGCUAAAUGGAGUUCUUUGGAUCUUCUAGCAGAAGAGGACGAUGGUGCUUCUCCUGUGGUACCAACAAACAACGUGGAAGAAGCAGAUACGAUAUUCUCACCUUCGUUUCUACAGCCAAUAGCAAGCGAACGUAGUAAAAGAUUGCAAAUUCACACGUCGACGAGCAUUGACGUUUCUUGUCCAACAUCACCUCAACAUUCUCCAACUCAUCAAUCGUGUAAAACUACAGUACUUUUGAUCGUGAUGCAUGCCGGAAGCGUUCUAGAUGCCAACGUCGAUUUGACUGCGAAGAAAUCGGAUGUGACAACCUUCAAAGGUGCCUUCGAGUCUGUUAUGAGACAACAUUAUCCGAGUAUGGUCGGACAUGUUUCUAUAAAAUUCGUUUCAUGUCCUUCGAUAUGUACCGAAGGUCUAGGUGUUCUUUCGAGUUUAAGUCCAUACAGUUUCGACAUGUCUCCAUCGUGCAUGGAUGCACCUCAAGUAACGAAUGAUACCAUACCAAUCGGUGCAAUACCAUUACUGGCAAGUGCAAGCUCGGAUUACGAAGAAGCAGUCUCACGAGUGGUGACCAAUGCGAAUCAGAUUUAUCAAGGAUUUAUAAAGAGCGAAGAGGGUAAAGGUUUUAGUGGGCAAAUUUGUUUCAUCGCUGAUUCCGUAGGUUCGAUUUUGGCCUACGAUGCUUUGUGUAGAUCUACGCAUUAUCAUUCGAGAUAUAACAGUGAAAAUAAUAUAUUGGAUACGAGUAAUCAAGGGAUUGAAAAUAAUGGAAUUUCUGAGGAUGGCAAACAUUUAAAUGCACCUUCGCCUAGAAGAAGAUCUUCUGGGACAAAUGACAGUAGCCAGCAAUGUAAAUUAGAAUUCGACGUAGGAGAGUUCUUCAUGUUUGGCAGUCCAUUAGCACUCGUUAUGGCAUAUAGAAAAAUAUCAUCUCACGGAGACAAGAAUAGUAAUAUCCCAAAGCCAAUGGUGAAUCAAGUUUACAAUCUCUUUCAUCCAAGCGAUCCAGUAGCCGCAAGAAUCGAACCAUUGAUUUCCGCGAGAUUUUCUUUAUUACCACCUGUUAAUGUUGCUCGAUAUCAAAAGUAUCCUCUUGGAAAUGGACAGCCUUAUCAUUUACUGGAAACGAUUCAAAGCAAUCCACAAUUAUUUGCGGAUGGAUUAAACAUUCCUAACAUAUACAUGACAACGCCGUCUCAACAUGCUCAUUUGAGAAGAUUGUCGGAUAUAUCGAUUCAUAGUACUAUGUCUGGUAUCGUCGAUAAUAUUCCUUUACAAGUUGUUUCUGCUCUGACGCAAAAAUGGUGGGGAACUAAACGAAUAGAUUAUGCUCUAUAUUGUCCAGAGGGUCUGGCAAAUUUUCCUACAAAUGCAUUACCCCAUCUCUUCCAUGCUAGUUAUUGGGAAUCAUCAGACGUAAUAGCGUUUAUAUUAAGACAGUUGGGUCGGUUCGAUUUACCCAUGCUUGGUAACGAAGAAAAAGAACUCUCAUGUUUCCGUCCAGGUCAACCAAGAGAAAAAUGGAUUAAAAAACGCACCUCGGUCAAACUGAAGAACGUUGCUGCUAAUCAUAGAGCCAAUGACGUCAUCGUGGGAGAAGGUGUACCUCAAGUAUUAGUGGCCAGAUUUAUGUACAGUCCUAUAGACGUGAUAGCUUUAACAGGAGAAAAAGUAGAUAUUCAUAUUAUGAAAGACCCACCUGUUAGCGAAUGGACGUUUUUAAAUACAGAAGUUACAGAUAAAAACGGUAGAAUAACUUAUAGAAUACCUGAUGACAAAGCUCUCGGUUACGGACUUUAUCCUGUAAAAAUGAUAGUUAGAGGAGAUCACACUUCUGUCGACUUCUUUUUGGCUGUGAUACCUCCGAAAACAGAGUGUGUGGUCUUCAGUAUCGAUGGAUCGUUCACAGCGAGUAUGUCAGUCACCGGAAAGGAUCCGAAAGUUAGAGCUGGUGCUGUUGAUGUUGUCAGACACUGGCAAGAAUUAGGAUAUUUAAUUAUAUACAUCACCGCACGACCAGAUAUGCAACAAAAGAAAGUUGUGUCCUGGCUAUCUCAGCAUAACUUCCCUCACGGUUUGGUGUCUUUCGCGGAUGGUCUCUCCACGGAUCCGCUUGGUCAUAAAGCAGCAUAUUUAAAUAAUUUAGUGCAGGAACACGGUGUAAUAAUACAUCAAGCAUAUGGUAGUAGCAAAGACAUAAGUGUUUACACAUCGAUAAAUCUCAAGCCAAAUCAAAUAUUCGUAAUCGGUGGAGCAUCGAAAAAACAUCACGCUCUGGCGACGAUACUUCACGAUGGUUACGCCGCACAUUUGAGCAUGCUACAGGCACAUGGUGGUUCGAGACCAGCCAAAGGCAAUGCAAGGAUGGUAAUACCACGUGGUCAAUUUGGUUUGCCCGGUCAGAAUGCAUCUUUACGACGAAGAAGCUCUUUUAGAACGGCGAAGCGAGCGAUUUCCCAACCAACUGUGGGAAAAAUCUUUCCUUUGGAACGAAGUACGAGUUUAGGACCACCAAGUUCGCCUCCAAACGUGCCCCAAUCCGCACCACCAAUCAAAAAUACCACCACGGAAAAGCUCUGACGACUUACACGCUGCCGCUCUUUUUUCGACUCCUUGCAUUGAUUUACGUGUGUUCGCAACGUUCUUCAUCAAUUUCUAUUUCAACUUACGUGACACGAUUAACUUGAUAUCGAUGCGAUAUCGAUAGGGGAAAAAAAGGAAAAGUAAGAGAAAAAAAUCUGAAGCUGUAAAAAAUUCCCAUUUUUACGUUGGACCAUAUGUCAUCAUUGUAAACAACUUCGUUAAUCAUAUCGAAAAUUGUAUUAUAUGUUAUAUCAUUAUAGGUAAUAGUCUACGUUAACCAUAUCAGAUUUUAUAAUUGGUUUAAAAAAUUUUCAUAUCAUUGACACGAGUAUAUUGCUUAUCGUUGAUCUUAUCAAUGCGAUUAAAUCGUAUAUAGAUUUUUAUUUCUACUUGCAUAAUCAUGAUAAUGUAUUAAAAUAUAUAAAAUUAUUUGCCGAUUAUCGGUUCAAUGAUUUAACAGAAAUAUGCAUAAUGCAUGAAACAUGUAAAUGGCUUUUUCAAAAUUCAACAUUUUUUUUUACAUCCUUUUGACUAAUCAUUGCGAAAUAUAGCAACUUCGCAGUAGAUUAUAUGACUUAUACUACGGUACGAAAGAGAAAAAAAUCUAUUCGUUCACUGUUAUCUGAUCUCAACUAAUUGUUAACAUUUUAAAGAAAAUUGAUUGUAAUGUUGAAAACUGAUUGUAAAUUAGUGUACGAAUGUUUCUUAUAUAAUUCUCGUUUUCAA